AUGUUACCGCCGUCCAAGAGCACUUCGAGCCCCUCUACCUCGUCCGUAUUCCUGCCUUUGGCUCGUCGAGUUCGCCGUGACUCCAAGGCAUCCAUAGCCGCGGAUCUUGACCAGGACGCUCUAAAUGAGGCACUGGACAGCGUUCACAGCGUAGCUUCACAGUCCCAAGGCCUUACUGUAUUCAACGAAUACACUGAUCCGCCAAGUUCGGCAUCGAAGAAUGACACAAAGUCGCUCGCUGCAGACCUGUCUGGCGGCAUCACGGGCCUAUACACAAAACUCAAGGCUACAGUCGGAGUGGCCACCGAAGGCGACCAACGAAAUGGUCCGCCUACUACUGCCUCAAGUCAGGAAGUGUCAUCGUCGAAGCCAAGUUCCAGCAAGGCAUCAACGACUGUGUCUCCACGGCCUGUUCCGUCAGAGACUCCUGCUUCUCCAGACUUCCUGCCGCAGCCGUCCAAAGCCUCAUCAAAGGCGACUAGUGUGAGCAAGAUGUCUCUACACAGUCCAGCAGUAAGAUCGCCGACAGGUCCGUUGCCGCCAAUUUCGGCGGAUCCGGCGAUCACGAACACCCACAUCUACGCUGACAAGAUUCAUUCUGCGAAUCACUCACGAACAGGUUCUGGCUUCGACCGCAUUGAUGAACAAACACCACCUCGGAGCGCAGGGACAGAUAUGAGUGUUCCACCUUCCGCCCGUAAAGAUGAAUUCGGUGGCGAAUUGGUCAAGAUACCAACACGUACGAAGCAACCCCUUGCAAGCCCGCUGCCAGUAGUGAACGGUAUUGGUCCCAAUAGCCAUCUUCGUCAAGACUCUAAUGCUUCUGGCGAUGUCGGUAUGCUUGCACCUCCGGCUGCUCCUGUCGUCGUCCAAGACGACGCGUCGAAAGGCACCAGCAAAAACGCUCGACAGGAAAGGAUCCUGCCACAGGCACCGAAGUCGAACCCGCUACAGCUUCUUGGACAUCACGCGUCGACAUCUCGGAGUCCGGCUGCAUUGAAGCCGACGAUAGUCACGGAAGGAUCACAGCCGAGCGUGUCGUUGAUCCUUUCCAUGUCAACCAACAAGUCAGGGCCCAAGGUCCCACAAUCCAAACUUCCUGGAUACCCUGGAUCUCAAGCCUCGUCAACAGACUCGGCGCCAACAACAGCGUUCAAUUAUUCGGAGCCGGAGAGCAUCAACCUGCCAGAAUCACUGACAAGACCACGCACCCCAGAUACCGCGCAUCUGCUUCGCUCGGCCCAGAGACUUGACGAUGACGACACCGCAUCGCUCUAUUCAGUAUCACGCGAACAGCUGUCCAAAACGCCGACCAUGAGCAUACCUGUCAGAAGGCCCUUUGACGCGGACAGUACGUCGAGGGUGAUCGAAAUGAAUCCUGGACUUCCACGCCCUAGCUCUUCAAGGUCACUCAAGCAUAGUCAAUCGGCGGGCCAUGGACACAAACGGAACCAAUCCAAACAGCAGCUUCGUAGCAUCAAAGCCUACCAUGAGGAGAGGGCCCCGUUUCAGCGAAGGACUCUCGAAGAUGUAAGUAGGGAUCUUUCUAACUCAGCAUUCCAUCGUGACAGCAUCAUUGAUCCAGAUUUGGAGCAAUAUCUGUCCGACGAUGCCUCCAGUGCAGAGGACGACCAUUCUGCUACAGGUACAGAGAAGCUGUCGCGAAGUACGGGAGAAGGGGAGAAGUCAGCCAUUGCUGGACUGCUCGCGGCUGUCCGGAAAGGCCGUUCGCGGAUCGGAGACCGAAGCAUUGCCGGUCUUCUCAACCUAACUCGCGACUCUGACGAGGUCAGCAUCAUCAGCACGCGCCAAAGAGACCUGCAAAGAUCCUCGCGACGACGGAAUCUGAGUGUAGCCAGUAGCACUCACCAGCGGGCGACCCCAAGAACGACACGUGAGCGUCUGCACACCGCUUUGACAGGAGGUGUUGACGACAGUCCUGUCACACCCGUUCAGCCUGACCCAACGACGAGAGUGUCACGAAUGAUCCGCAGCGCCUCUAUGCACGGUCAUGGUGCUCCUGCGAUGGAACUCAACAAAGCGAGUAUUCAACAUGUGCACAAGCUGCUGCAACAGCUUCUGAGAGAUGCUGAUGUUCCGAGGAUAUCAAGUUGGGAGGACGCUCUUGUUCCGAUUCUACUCAAGGCCACCGAUGACGUCGAUCCGGACGUACAAGGCGGAGACGAUAUCGACAUCAGAAACUAUGUGAAGCUCAAAAAGGUCCUGGGCGGUCGUCCUGGUGAUACCUCCUACAUUUCGGGAGUCGUGUUCACGAAGAACGUUGCCUUGAAAAGCAUGUCGAGGCUGGUCAUGUCUCCACGUAUCUUGAUCGUCACUUUCGCUUUGGAGUAUGCGCGGCAUGAGCAGCACUUUAUGAGCUUGGACCCCGUGAUUCGACAGGAGCGGGAAUACCUCGAGAUCCUUGUCAGCCGCAUAGCCACCUUGAAGCCGGAUGUACUCCUGGCUCAGAAGAAUGUUUCUGGCUUGGCACUACAACUCCUCGACAAGGCCCGAAUAACUACUGUGUACAACGUGAAGUCGUCAGUGCUAGAAGCAGUCUCAAGAUGCACGCAGAGCCGGGUGGUCCAGUCAGUGGACAAGAUUGGUACACAGUCUGGCCAGUUGGGCACGUGCGAGUCUUUUGAGGUCAAGACAUUCAUGUCUGAAGGCAGGAAAAAGACAUACGUCUAUCUGUCGGGCUGUCCUCCGCAGCUGGGAUGCACAAUCGCCAUUCGAGGUGCCGAUAAGAAAACACUCUCGAAGAUCAAGCGCAUCACGGACUUCAUGAUCUACGUCGUAUACAACCUGAAACUCGAGACUUGUUUGAUGAGGGACGAGUGGGCACAGAUCCCAAAUAGCAUCGACGAGUUGACAAAGCAGGCAGUGCCUGUCCCGCCCAUCGGAUCCCUCCAAGACAAGAAUCUGCCUUUAGCGCUUGGUACAGUACAGAACGGAUCAAUGGGCACCAAUCAAGACAGCAAGUCAGACACAACAGAUUUGACACAAAGCGGUACGAGUGGUACAAGCGACGAGAAGAUGGCACCACCCUCAACAGCCAGCGUCUCGUUCGAGAGUCCAGAUUCAGCUGAUAUUCCAGACGACAUUCCGGUGCCAACGUUUUAUGAGGACCUUGUCGACAAACACCAGACCAAGAUCCUGUCCGCCUCACCUUUUGUAAGAUUUAUGCAGCCGUAUCUGUUAAUGAAGGCCAGGGAACUGGAAAGACGAGUUGCGUACCUGAGAAGACUCCGCGACCAAGACAUCAGUGCUUCUCAAUCGACCGAAGAAAAGUCCAAGGCUCAAAAGUUCACUUUGAUCCAGCCUGAGAUGCUCCACGCGUCGCUCCAAGGCUCUAGCAAGAAGGUCCGUGAAGCCAUUCAUGCUGUCCACGACACUGAAUACGAUAAGGCAUUGGACAAUUACGAGACACAGAAACGGCAAUGGGAGACCUACUUGUCAGGCAAUCGUAACCUGUUCGAUCCCUACGCGCACCAGAACAUUGUAGUUCUGUUCAGUCAUGUUGCCACGGAGACAUCAGUACCCUGUCAUGGCCCGGAUCUGUUAGCUUUCAAUUUCUACAGCGAGCAAGAUCAGGAUCAAUUUGAAGCUGACUGCACGCUGGGCCAGUACGUCGAAGAUCUAUGUAUUGGUGCUAAGGAUGUUUGCACGUCGAGCUCUUGCGAAAAGCGUAUGUACGAGCAUCACCGUCAGUACGUCCAUGGUGAAGCACAAGUCAGUGUGUUCAUCGAGCCGCACCCUGCUAAAAUGCGCGGACUGCAAGAUAUCAUCCUCAUGUGGAGCUCGUGUAGGAUAUGUUCUUAUGAAACUACGGUCGCGCCCAUGUCGGUCAGUACCUGGAAGUAUUCUUUUGGCAAGUAUCUCGAGUUGUCGUUCUGGAGUGCGGAUUUGCACGCACGAGCUGCUGGACAGUGCAACCACGACUUGCACCGAGAUCACUUACGCUACUUCGGAUAUAAGGACAUGGCAAUUUGCGUUCGGUAUGACCCCAUUGAUCUGCUCGAGAUCAUUGUGCCGCGGAUGCGAGUGACCUGGAAAGUCGACAAUGACCUCCGUUUCCGCAAUGAGGUGUAUACCCGCAUCGAGAACAGGGUCACCCGAUUCACGGGCUCAGUAAAAUUGAGGCUGAAGAGCAUCAAUGCGGAUGCGAUUCUUCCAGAGAACAUCGACGCAUGCAAGCAAGAGAUUGAGAAGUUGACGAAGAAGGCUAAUGAUGAUCAUGCGGCGCUGAUCAAGCAACUACAAGAGAAGUACUCAAAUAGCCGACACUGGGAGAUCAUUCCGCUCAAUCGGGUCAUACACGCCACGCAAGAGAAAGUCGCCGAAUGGGAUGCUCUUUUCACGGAAUUCGAGCAGAACUUCUUCCCUUCUGAAAAGGAUAUCCGAAGGCUUGCGACAUUGCAGCUGAAGAAGAUUUUCCUGGAUCGAGACGUAUCAGUCACUUCCCUGCUGUCUGAUAACGAAGGAACGGCUACACCUCCUCCCGAAGAAGCAGUUGACGAGAAACAGGACGCAAUUACCGGAGGGGAACGUCCGCCAUUGCGUCCACGUACAACAACGUUGUCGCCAGAGAAAACGCACAAUGUACUUCAAGCUGUACUCGAAGAGCACGCAAGUCCUCAGCAAGUGACCAGCGAGCUGCCUGAGGUCAAUGAGAAAGUGCCUGAGAUCUUACCAAAUGUCCAUCAGGGAGAUAUGGAUACCAGCGUGAUCAAUCAUCUUGACCUUGCUUUGCCUCCUGCGGAACCAAGCUCCACAUUAACUCCGGUGGUUUCAGAUGAGACCACUCUGCCGACUCUUGAUGUGCAGACGCCGGAGAUGCUACAGACCGAGGAUCCGAUGACGCCCAAGGCGGCAAACAUUGCUGACCCCAUGAGUCCGUCUAUGGCGACGCCCAAGGCCAGUACCGAGCGAAUACUCAUUCCGCAAGCUGUGCAGCAGCAGUCACGCAGGAACACGCCGCCUUUCUUGAGAGCACAAUCCACGCCAGCUGCCUCGGUGCCGAAGCGAGAGCCACCUCCCAAUACUCGAACAAAUUCUGCCGUGUCCUCGGGAAGUGGGCUAGGCAUCAGCCAGGCUAUCAGUCAGUCUAGGAGCAGCAAGAUGAGCACGCCUUCUGAUGCAGACACCGAAAAACCCGAGAAGAAGCUCUCUGAGCGCUUCGGUCUCGCCCACUUCAGGAAAAAGGGCUCUCUCAUCCCGCGGGCAGUGUCGCAUAGAAAAGAAUCCCGUGUCUCUAACUUGGCAAAGCACUUCGAGCAGCUGGCGCGUGAUUUUGAGCGCGAGCGAAGAAGAGAGAUCCGACUUCGAGCCACACGCACCGCCCAAUCGAGAGUACUCCCCCUUGCAGCACCAAAGCCUAUCGUGGAAGUAUACCGAGACGUGGACGAAGCUGUCGAUGAGCCACAUGCCGAACUCUUUCAUAGUGUGAAGAUCGACGAGAUCGAUCCCGGUGAGACUGCUCCGACGGCCGAGGGUAUGGCGCAAGACGCAGACACGCCCCAAGUGUCAGGCAAUGACGCUCAAACCGAAGACACGCACACCGAGGCCACCGAAACCGAAGGUGAGAACCAGCUCUCGAGCCAUGCACCUUCCGACGCCGAAGAAAGCGAUCUCGAAGAAUUGAGCGAACAGAUCUUAUUACCUGACUCGCCAGAAGACCUCCUUCGCCUCUCGCAAGACGAUCUGGAGAUGAAAGAGUUCCCCAAACAUGAGCGCAAAUCUUUGAUGCAAAUGCUCACCACCUUCUGGGCUGAGCGCUCGUCCUCCGGUUGGGCACCACUCGAGUACCCACUCCUCGCAGCAGAACACGUCUUCUCAGACUGCGACAUCAUCGUCCGCGAAGACGAGCCAUCGUCCAUCAUCGCCUUCGCCCUGAACUCCUCCGACUACAAGACUAUGCUCCACGACGUACAAGAGAAAUCACCCCCACCUAACAUGGACGGGAUGUUCAACCACACCCACGCCGAAGGCACUUUUCAAGCAGACGUCAUGCACUCCCUCCUGCGCAAGAACGGCACCCACCUGAAAUACCAGUUCGCCGAGGGUCCCGCCAAAAUGCUCUGCAAGAUCUUCUUCGCCGAGCAGUUCGACGCCGUGCGCCGGAAAUGCGGCGUUGCGGACCGCGUGGUGGAAUCGCUGUCGCGUUGCUUGAAGUGGGACUCCAAGGGCGGGAAAACGAAGUCUCUGUUCCUCAAAACCCUAGACGAUCGCUUCGUCCUCAAGAGCUUGAGUCCGAUCGAGACCCAAUCCUUCCUGAAAUUCGCGCCCAAUUAUUUCCAAAUCAUGUCCGAAGCAUUCUUUCACGAACUUCCUAGCGUGAUCGCGAAAAUGUUGGGAUUCUAUCAGAUCGUAAUCAAGAACCCGGCCACAGGCGUGGAGUACAACUGGUAUCUAUUGCUAAUGGAGAACCUCUUCUACGACCGCUCACCGACCCGCAUCUUCGACCUAAAAGGCUCCAUGCGUAAUCGCAAGAUCAGGGAGACGGGAGCUAGUAAUGAGGUGCUUCUGGAUGAGAACAUGGUGGAAUUCAUCUACGAAUCACCACUAUUUGCGCGCGAGCACUCAAAGAAGCUACUUCGCAGUUCAGUCCAUAACGACACGCUGUUCCUUGCACGCCAAAACGUCAUGGACUACUCUCUCAUGAUAGCUAUCGAUGAAGUCAGGAAGGAACUCGUCGUGGGCAUCAUCGAUUGUAUACGCACGUACACAUGGGACAAGAAGCUGGAGUCCUGGAUCAAGGACCGCGGCUUUGUUAAUCAGUUCACUGCUGUCGGAGCGGGACUGGUGGGUGCAACGGGGAUUGGGGGCGUAGGAAAACGGAUGCCAACGGUGACCAGUCCAAAGGAAUAUAAGAGGAGGUUCAGGGAGGCGAUGGGAAGGUAUGUGUUGGAGGCGCCGAAUUGUUGGCAUCAAUUUGCGCCAGUGGUGGUCAAGGGGGGAAAGACGGGGUGGAAAGUCGUUAAAGAUGGGGGACGUGGGGAAGCGCGGGAUGGAGAUGGGGAUGGAGAGGAGAAGAUGGCGACUAUGGCUACGCUGGGAUAG